AUGCCGUACAACCGGGAGAUCAUCGCUUCUAUUGCAUUUGAGCACGAUCCAGUCCACUCAAAGCGAUUAUCAAAGGAAAAUGCCACUAACGAAAGCGCAGCGGAUCCUCACGAUAAUCAAGACAACGCAGGGAAUUUGGGCCCACAGCAAAAUGAGGCCACUCGUAAUAUUAUUAGUUGUAUGAAGUGGGCUCUGGCGCAGAGUAUCACUAGUAUCUCACAUCCAGCAAAGCAGCGGCCACUUAAUCCAAAGAAAGAUUUUACUAUUGAAACUAAAAUUGAGGUUAAAGUUAGAAAUAAUCAAGGACCAGGACUCAGUUGUUGUGGGGCAUCUGGUGUUAAAAGAAGUCGUGCUCCCGCAUUCUCUAUUCGCGAAAGUGGUGAUGAUAUAAUGGAUGUGGAAGAAAGUGAUGAUGAAAGUGAAAAUGAUACCGAUAGUCUACCAGUUUCCUUUACAUUUAUUGACUAUUCACCCAUGUGCUAUCAUCAUAUCCGUGAAUUCUUUAAAAUUGAUCCAAGAGCAUAUUGUGACGUGUUAAUGCGAAGUCGAUGGCACAGUACACCCACGCCAGGGAAGUCCGCUGCCCAAUUAUUCUUUUGUGGAAAAGAUUGGGUUAUCAAAACUAUGACAAAUGAGGAAAGUGAAUUUCUGCGUAGCAUUUUGCAUCGUUACUACUUUUUUGUACUGGAUAACCCAUAUACGUUAUUACCUCAUUUUGUAGGACAUCAUCGUCUAGAAAUUGAAGGUGAGAAAAUUAAUAUUAUUAUCAUGCAAAAUGUUUUUGCAACAGGAAAUACAAUUCAUGAAAAGUAUGAUCUUAAAGGAAGUACAGUAGGUAGAUUUGCAACUGAAGCUGAGAAGAUGAAACACACAUGUACACAGAAGGAUUUAGAUUUAAAUCGUCCAAUACAUGUAGGUCCUGCAAGAAGAGCAUUACUUAUUGAUCAAAUUAAGAAAGAUUGUGAUUUUUUACGACGAUCAAAUGUUAUGGAUUAUUCUUUCCUUGUAGGUAUUCACGUAUUACCAACACAUAACCAUCGUUGGAUGGGAAACACUCAAUCCGGUGGGAAAGAUGGUUUUCAAGGAACUCUGCCUUUCCACGCACUCGCAUUAGAUGGAACAAUAGCUGGAGUUUUUUCAGAACAACAAAUGAAUGCGACAACAAGUAUGUAUGGCGUCACACAACCUGAAGUUGCAAUUGAUGGACGUUGCUUCACUUCUGAUCAAGGAGGGAUGCUUAGUACAGAACAACCAGGUACUCAAAGAGAAAUUUAUUAUAUUGGUAUCAUAGAUAUUUUACAGGAGUAUAAUGUACGAAAACGUUUAGAGACCUUAGUUAUUGGUUCUUUAAAAGAUAGAGAAAAAAUAUCAUCGGUACCUCCUCGUGAAUAUGCAUCACGGUUUCUCUCUUUUAUGUCCUCUAUUAUUGCGUGA